AUGUCGACUAUGCCGUUGGAGCCUCCCGCCUAUCUCAGCUCGCUCCAGAACAACAUUCGAGCUCGUCCGAUUCCAUGGGAAGGAGCUGUUCGUGCGGGAAACAUCACCGAUGAGCAUCUAAAGAAGAUCAAGGCGGUGGAUAAGGUUCGCAAGGAACAGCGACGUCAGACGGUGGAGGGAGACCUUCCAGGCUAUGUCAGUUUGCUAUCUGGCAGCUCCGACGGCAAGAGUGUGUUGGACUGUGCUUCCAGGAGAACCGAUAUUGUACAGUAUAUCUUGGUGUUGGCGGCCGAUUUGAUUAACGAUGUCCCGUCCCUCUCGUCCGCACUGGUGGCGCAUCCCGAUCCCUACAAGCCAUUCCUCCCCCUCCUGCGUCACUCCACGAACACGGAAGACCCUAUUCCGCUUCUUACUUCCACUUUCUUAACGAAUCUUGUAUCGAUCAGCCUGACGUCCUCCUCGAAAUCAUCCGCACAGGAUGAGGAAGCGCUUCCACAACUGUACACCUACCUUUCCAGCCUGACCCAAAACCAAGACAGCGGACUGCAAGACAUUGGAGUCCAGGAACUGUCGGCGCUCCUCCGGACAUCACGAUCCCGGGAAAUCUUCUGGAAGCAGAGAAAAGAAACGGUGGACCCCCUAGUCGACAUCAUGCGAGCGGCCACGGGCGCCAAAGACAGCAGCUCCAGCACCAUGGCCGGCAGCUCGCGAACGAUAGAGCCUGGUCUCUCCGGUGGAGUGGGGCUUCAACUGCUAUAUCGUGUCCUGCUUGUUCUCUGGCAACUGAGCUACGAAGGGGGUCUGAUUGGGGAGGAACUUCAAGCUGACCAUGAGUUUAUCCAACUGUACUCCCACCUCCUUCGUCUGUCCCCUAAAGAGAAGACCACUCGGCUCCUGCUCGCAACCCUGCGGAACCUUCUUUCCACCAACCGCACGACCCUACUCCCCGUGGCGGUGUUUGUCCACCUCCCUGUCCUGCUCUCCAAUCUCUCUGGUCGCCAUCUGACGGACCCGGACCUCCUGGAGGACCUUAAGUACCUAACCGAUAUGCUGGAGGAAUACACCAAGACACAGACGACCUUUGAUCAGUAUGCGGCCGAAUUACAAUCUGGUCAUCUCCGGUGGUCACCGCCUCACCGGAAUCCCACGUUCUGGAAAGACAACGCGCGGCGAAUCCUUGACGAUGCCAACGGUGCUCUGCCGAAGAAACUCGCCGAGAUUAUCUCCAAGGAAUGGGACAAUGACAAGCAGGUUCUGGCGAUCGCGUGCUGCGACGUGGGACAUCUGGUGAAAGAACGUCCUGAGCGACGGUACCAGCUAGAGAAACUAGGGUUGAAAGCGCGAGUGAUGGAGCUAAUGGCCGACAAGGACGAGACGGUACGGUGGGAGAGUCUGCGAGCUGUGGGCGAGUGGCUUCGGUAUACAUUUGACGACUGA